GGCACCGAGCCUGCAGGUCGGUGGGAACGGAAGCGCCUCUGGCGCGGCGGGGAAGCCAGGAUGGCGACUCCGAGUAGGAAGACGUCGACCUCAAGCUCCCUGGUUUCCAAGAGAGCUCUCCCGAGGGAUCCCUCGUCGGAGGUCCCGAGCAAGAGAAAGAGCUCGGCCCCUCCGGCGCCGCCGCCGCCGCUGCCGCUGCAAUCGUCCAGGCCUUUCGUGGAAGGCUCUAUCGUCCGCAUCGUGAUGGAGAACUUCUUAACGUAUGAUAUCUGUGAAGUAUCUCCUGGACCCCAUCUGAAUAUGAUUAUUGGAGCUAACGGCACAGGAAAAUCUAGCAUCGUGUGUGCCAUUUGUCUUGGAUUAGCAGGCAAACCUGCUUUCAUGGGACGGGCAGAUAAGGUUGGUUUUUUUGUGAAGAGAGGAUGUUCCAAAGGAAUGGUUGAAAUUGAAUUGUUCAGAACUUCUGGAAAUCUUAUAAUCACCCGUGAGAUUGACGUGGCAAAAAAUCAGUCUUCUUGGUUCAUCAACAAAAAAUCUACAACCCAGAAAGUAGUAGAAGAACAAGUUGCAGCCUUAAACAUUCAAGUGGGCAAUCUUUGCCAAUUUCUACCUCAGGAUAAAGUUGGAGAAUUUGCUAAACUGAGUAAAACUGAACUCCUUGAAGCUACUGAGAAGUCCAUUGGUCCUCCAGAAAUGCACAGAUACCAUUGUGAACUCAAAAACUUCAGGGAGAAAGAAAAACAACUAGAGACCUCAUGCAAAGAGAAAACUGAGUAUCUAGAGAAAAUGAUUCAGAGGAAUGAAAGAUAUAAACAAGAUGUGGAGAGGUUCUAUGAACGUAAGCGACAUUUAGAUUUGAUUGAGAUGCUUGAAGCUAAAAGGCCGUGGGUGGAAUAUGAAAAUGUUCGUCAGGAGUAUGAAGAAGUAAAACUAGCUCGAGACCGAGUGAAGGAAGAGGUGAGAAAACUUAAAGAAGGGCAGAUCCCUAUGACCCGUCGAAUUGAAGAAAUUGAGAGGCAGCGUCACAUUUUGGAGGCUCAAAUCAAAGAGAAGGCAACAGAUAUCAAGGAGACUUCUCAAAAAUGCAAACAAAAGCAAGAUAUUAUAGAAAGGAAAGAUAAACAGAUUGAGGAACUGCAGCAGGCAUUAACCGUAAAACAGAAUGAAGAACACGACCGCCAGAGGAGGAUAAGUAACACUCGGAAGAUGAUAGAGGAUUUGCAGAAUGAACUGAAGACCUCAGAAAACUGUGAGAAUCUUCAGCCCCAGAUUGAUGCCAUUACAAAUGAUUUGAGACGAGUUCAAGAUGAAAAGGCAUUAUGUGAAGGCGAGGUAAUUGAUAAGCGAGGAGAGAAGGAGAGCCUAGAGAAGGAGAGAAAGAGUGUGGGUGAUAAUAUUGUACGAUUUGACAGUCUUAUGAAUCAGAAGGAAGAUAAGCUGCGACAAAGAUUCCGUGACACAUAUGAUGCUGUUUUAUGGCUAAGAAGUAACCGGGACAAAUUUAAGCAAAGAGUCUGUGAGCCUAUAAUGCUCACGAUCAAUAUGAAAGAUAAUAAAAAUGCCAAAUAUAUUGAAAAUCAUAUUUCAUCAAAUGACUUGAGAGCUUUUGUAUUUGAGAGUCAAGAAGAUAUGGAGGUUUUUCUCAAAGAGAUUCGUGACAAUAAAAAAUUAAGAGUAAAUGCUGUUAUUGCUCCUGAGAGCUCAUAUGCAGACAAAGCACCUUCAAGAUCUCUGAAUGAGCUAAAACGGUAUGGAUUUUUCUCUUACUUGCGAGAGUUAUUUGAUGCACCUGAUCCGGUCAUGAGUUUCCUUUGCUGCCAUUAUCAUAUUCAUGAAGUUCCGGUAGGAACUGAAAGGACCAGAGAAAGAAUUGAACGGGUAAUACAAGAAACCCGGUUAAAGCAAAUGUAUACAGCAGAAGAAAAGUAUGUGGUGAAAACUUCCUUUUAUUCAGAUAAAGUUAUUUCUAGUAACACAUCCCUAAAAGUAGCCCAGUUUCUCACAGUCACUGUGGAUCUAGAGCAAAGAAGACACUUAGAAGAACAGCUAAAGGAGAUUAAUAGAAAAUUGCAAGCAGUGGAAGCAGGGUUGAUUGCCCUAUGUGAGAGAAACAGACAUCUAGAACACAAAGACAAUGAACUUAGACAAAAGAAGAAGGAGCUUCUUGAAAGGAAAACCAAGAAAAGACAAUUGGAACAAAAAAUUAGUUCUAAACUAGGAAGUUUAAAGCUGAUGGAACAGGAUACUUGCAACCUUGAAGAGGAAGAGCGAAAAGCAAGUACCAAAGUCAGAGAAAUAAAUGUUCAAAAAGCAAAACUUGUUACUGAAUUAACAAACUUUGUAAAGAUUUGUACUUCUUUGCAUAUACAAAAAGUUGAUUUAAUUCUUCAAAAUACUACAGUGAUCUCUGAGAAGAACAAAUUAGAAUCCGAUUACAUGGCUGCUUCAUCACAACUCCGUGUCACAGAGCAACACUUCAUUGAGCUGGAUGAAAGUCGACAGAGAUUAUUGCAGAAAUGUAAGGAGCUGAUGAAGAGAGCUAGGCAAGUAUGUAACCUGGGUGCAGAGCAGACGGUUCCUCAAGAAUACCAGACACAAGUACCCACCAUUCCAAAUGGACACAACUCCUCACCCCCCAUGGCUUUCCAGGAUCUUCCAAACACAUUGGAUGAAAUUGAUGCUUUAUUAACUGAAGAAAGAUCAAGAGCUUCUUGCUUCACAGGACUGAACCCGACAGUGGUUGAAGAAUACACAAAAAGAGAAGAAGAAAUAGAGCAAUUAACUGAGGAACUAAAGAUAAAGAAAGUUGAACUGGAUAAAUACAGGGAAAACAUUUCACAGGUAAAAGAAAGGUGGCUUAAUCCUUUAAAAGAGCUCGUAGAAAAAAUUAAUGAAAAAUUCAGCAAUUUUUUCAGUUCUAUGCAGUGUGCUGGUGAAGUUGAUCUACAUACAGAAAAUGAGGAAGACUAUGAUAAAUACGGAAUUCGCAUUCGAGUCAAGUUCCGCAGCAGUACACAGCUGCACGAGCUGACCCCACACCAUCAGAGCGGCGGGGAAAGAAGUGUUUCCACCAUGUUGUACUUGAUGGCGCUUCAGGAGCUUAAUCGAUGUCCAUUUAGAGUCGUGGAUGAAAUCAAUCAGGGAAUGGACCCGAUCAAUGAACGGAGAGUGUUUGAAAUGGUUGUAAAUACUGCUUGUAAAGAAAAUACAUCUCAGUACUUCUUUAUUACACCAAAGCUCCUGCAAAAUCUUCCUUAUUCUGAAAAGAUGACCGUAUUGUUUGUCUACAAUGGUCCUCAUAUGUUGGAACCUAACAGAUGGAAUUUAAAGGCUUUCCAAAGGCGGCGGCGCCGUAUCACGUUCACUCAGCCUUCUCAAUAAACGUAACGGGCGAGAACUUUGGCGUUUUUUUUGGUUAAAUCCUGUUUAUAAGUAUGGCUCACCUGAAUAAAAGGAGAUUCAUUAAGACUAA